AUGUCUUUUCUGCACCAGAGGAUGGGAAUUGCCUCCUCAAAAACACCAAGCAAAGAUUCACACACCGAAGAUGAAGAUGAGAAAAAUGGGAAGAGUAAAGGAAAGCAAACAGGAGACCACAUUGCUGCCAUUAACAAGAAAAGCAAGGCCAAGAGAUGCUCUUGCCUCGAUGGCUAUUUCUGGUUCAUGGGAUUCGUAUGCUGUAUAUGGUGGUUCUUGUUGUUCUUGUUCACCACAAGGUCGGCUUCGAUCCCUCAAUUUGUGAUGGAGGCUAUAAAGGACUGGCUGCCAGACCUGCCUAGUGUGAAAUUCAGCAAUGAGGGCCUGACGGUGAAGCACCCGGUAGUGUUCGUCCCAGGAAUUGUAACUGGUGGGCUUGAGCUCUGGGAGGGGUGUCAGUGUGCUGAUGGAUUGUUUAGAAAGAGGCUCUAGGGUGGCUUGUUUAGGGAACUGUACAAAAGGUAAAUGCCCUUUCGGAAAUGUUGAGGUAUACUCUGUGUUUGCUCUGCUUUUUGUUCUUGGUUUUAGUUUCUCUUGUGGAAUGUUUUGUGUCUUUUUGAAGAAGGCGACAUGUCAGGAAGGUGGUCCUUGAGUUCUUUCGGCAAUGUGAAUGCUCUUUUAAGAUGGUUUACUAAAAUAUGAGGUUGCUU